AAAUGAGAACAAGCCAUAUGGAAACUAGUAUACGGUUUUACUAUUUGACAUAAUUUAGUUUGAUAUUGAAAGCAAGACUUUGUAUCAAUAUUGACAGAACAGUUUCUUUUUAAAAAAUGAGUUGAACGUAACAGGAGUGAUUCAGUUAACUUUUUAAAUGAAGCUAAUUUGUUUUAUUAUAACAUUUCAGGUAGCAGAUAUCAAACGGGUGAACAAUCUUAUCACAGAUCAGGACUUCUUUGCACUAAGAACUAUUAAAAUUCCAGUUAAAAAAUUCAGCCUUCUGACGGAGACACACUGUUUUCCAAAAAAUAGACAGAACUCAAGAUCUGCCUCCUCUUCGUAUUCCACAGAAUUCUCAGAUUCAUCACUAGCACCUGAAUUGUUCUCGUCUACUGAAACAGCUGGUAACUUUUUGAAAGAAGUGGACCGUGAUAUAGAACAUAUAGUGAAGUGUAAUGCUACUAAAAAAGAAAAUCUUAAUGAAGUUGUUUCUGCUUUAUCAACCCAACAAUUGAACUUUGAACCAGAUGGUAAACCUGUCAGACAGAAAGAUCCUUAUUAUGGUGCAGACUGGGGAAUUGGAUGGUGGACAGCAGUGGUAAUAAUGGUGGUAGUAGGCAUUAUAACACCUGUUUUUUAUCUUUUAUAUUAUGAAGUUUUGGUCAAAGUGGAUGUCAGUCAUCAUUCUACAGUGGAAUAUUCAUUAGUUGCACCAUCUCAGUCAAAGCCAUUAGAAAGUGAUAUAAAGCAGCCUAUUUCAUGAAGAUUAAGUUUUGGUUUUACAUGCUAAAUGUCUGAGCGUUCUUGCCGUAUAUUCUGCAAAGAAGCAUGAACAUGUUCUGAGUGGAGCUGUAAAGUGGCUAUCUCUCUGAUGGUAAUAUACCGUGUUGUGGAAAAGUUGUCAAUAUAUUGAAAAAUUAAAAGUUUAUCUGGAUCUGCUAAAAUAUAUGGAUUUAAGCUGCUACCCUGCCAUUGAAAUCAAUAGGACUGAAAUCAAUAUAAGUGAAGUCCCUUACAGUAAACUUCAUAUUUACUUAAAAAUGUUUAGUCUGACUUUAAUGGUAUGGAGAUUGUAUUUAUAUCAAGCCAUAAUACCUUCUAUCACAGUAUAGUGGAAUUAGGAAUAGUUUGGUUUAUUAGAUUUACUGAAGAAGCACACUGCUUGGUAUUGCUGAAUAGGAUAAUGAGUUUGAAUUAUUUGAAGAGCACUAUAUAAUGAAAGGAACCAAUGAUUCAUAUGAUUCCUUUGUUCUAACUGCAAUGAGUUUCAGAGAAUGAAAACUUAAACAGGAAAAAGGUGAAAUAAUUCAACAUUCUUUGAACCACUUUGUUCCUGAAGUGCUCAUUGCAUUGUAUAAUACUACAUAUCUUCAAAUGCAGAAGAGCUGUUUAUUGUACACAAGCAGUUUGUACAAACUCCCUCUUCCCUUCUAAAUGAUUUAGAAUUAAAGUGAAAGAGUACUAGCUACUUGCAGGAAACCAGGAACGGUAAUACAAUAUCAGAUUUCUUCCAAGAUCAUAACAAUGACAUUGUGGAAGUUAAACAAUCAAUUGCCACUAAUGUAUCACAUGUACAGUUGAGCUGAAAAUUGUGCUAAGCCAUUAAAUGCUUGGGCUUUCAUUUGGUAUAUUAUUUUAACCUAAUCAUUUAAGAAACUUUUUGACUUGGUCUGCUAAUUAAUUUUUUUUAAGUGGAACACUGGUUCAGCAGCUAUGGUUUAGCGCACUUUAUAAAGCUAAUUCUGUACAUGGAUAAGACUUAGAAGAUGGCAGCUACACAAAAUAUAUAAAAAUAUAUUAAUUCAUUCCAUUAAAUGAAUGCAGUAUUAUUGGCUUAUUUUCUUCUUGAAUCUUCUAAUUUGGAACUUUUCUAUUAUUUUUGUAUCCAUUCAGAGCUUUCCUGCAUUAGCUACCUAAUCAAUAUUAUUUUGGAAAGCAAACCUAUUGUUCCUUAGGGUAUUAUUGGAAGUGUAUUGCAAAUGUAUACUUAAGAGGGAAAAGGUCAUUCUUUUCAUUUUAGCAUAUGACUAGUUGCAAAGCAAAGAAAUACAAGUGGAAUAUUUCUGAAAAUUUAAAAACAUGUUUUACAAUUGGCACAUGAAUGAAUGCAUUAGAAGGUCAAGUAUGGCUGACUGAUAGAAUUAGAAAACAAAAAAAAUAAUAAGCUGUGCAAGACUUUUAAAGAUCUCUGUGCCAUAAGGCAUACAUAUAGUAAUAUUUUUCAACCAUCUACAGUUUUUGAACUACCAGAAGUUGAGUACCUCAGAUAUGCUACAUUUUUUUCUUUUCUUAUAACUUGAAUUAAGGCAUUUGAAAAGAAAAUAUUAAAGGAAGAUACAGUAUAACA